AUGAAGACGGGCAUUUAUAUUUUGAUCGCCGUCCUCAAUGCCGCAGCAGCGGGUGCUUGUGUGGGAUCAGCUUCAGGUGUGCAGGGUGUUCACGGGCGUGACGUACGCCAUACCCUGGAUGCAAAAGCUUCCUCGAAGAAGAGGGGUAUCUUAUAUGAUCUGCUCCGCAAGACUUGUGUGAAGAAGAAAAACCGGGGAUUAGCAAGCUUUGCGCCUCCUUUACCCCAUCGCAAGCACCUCAUCGUGCUCGAGGGUAUCCUGCCUGUGUGGUUCUCGACUCUUUAG